GGCUGAACGUGAUACUCUUAUAUCUGAGACUAGCAUUUAGCCACUUAAGCAUUGUGGUGGGAAAUGGUGUUUCAUAAAGAAAGUACGCAUACUUUCCCCUUUUUUGUAGCCUCGACAUGAAACCGAGUUAAAGAGGAAAUCGAAGCUUUUGCAGCCUGAAUGGAGAAAUACAAACCAUUCGCAGGGUGAUACUAGUGUAUUACCGUGGGCACAUUAAGCCCAGACGAUAGUGGAGAUCCAUAGCGCCAACUAGUGGCUCCCCAAGUUACAUGGGGGCGAGGCGUGUGCCACCGUACCAGUCAACAUAGUCAGUUCAGAGCGUAACUUCAUUUACGUCAUUCCUAGCCAGUGUAGUUGUGGGUCUAUCGGCAGAUUUAAAAAAAUAAAAAAAGAGCUGGCGUUCCUCCUGCUGUUCAGUGAACGGUAGUUGUCUGUGACUAGACUCAUCGGUCUCCUCGACAGCUCGCCAUUGUGUAGAGCUCCACGGCUUUUUUGGAAAACCGCGGCGGGGAAAUGAAAGUAUAGACGGCGAAGAGUUCGAUGUCUGGUGUUCCUCGUUGUAGAGCCUCUGUUCUUGGCGUCAAUUUGAACCCGAUGCAGGAUUUGAAACCCUUGCUGGAACUACAUGUGAUAUAUGUUGGGUAACGGUGUGAAGCGCAAACUGGAUGAGGACGGCCUGGAGGAGGGCAAGGCGCCCCUCACGUCAGCGGCCGGGGCCGUGGGCAGCCACUCCAGGAUUAACUACACACUGCAGCGCCAGACGGUGCUAAACAUCUCCCUGAUGAAGCUAUAUGGGCCGGCGAGGACGCCCGCCACCGAGCCUGCCCUGCAGCGCCGCGUGCUCAUCAACAACGUCAUCCGCCGCAUCCACCACGAGUUCAAAGAGGAAGGCGGCGCGGGGCUGCGCGCACUCUUCUUCGCCGUCCCGCCUCCGGCGCCGAACAUCACCGAGGACGAGGGCUACCACGAGGCUCCGUCAUCCACGUUCAGCGGCGUCCUCUCCCCGCCCCUCUCGCCACUGUCGUCGCUGGAUUCUGGUUUGACCCCGGCCUCGCUCCUGGAGGACGACCCACCACUGUUCUUCGCCUUGCCGCCGUCCUCACCCCACCCCCUGGGUCACCACCCUCUCUCGCCGAGACCGUCAGCGCCUCCCCCACCACCCGCCAAGGACAGUUUCUCCUCAGCUUUGGAGGAGAUCGAGGAGCUGUGCCCCAUCGCAGUGACAACCUCUACUACCUCCUCCCUACCAUUGUCUCCUCCACCAUCACCCCAGCCCCCACCCUCUCUACCAGCAGGGAUGGACAUGAAAGAGGAAGGGAGGACAUACAGCCCAAAGGACAAGGAGUCACUCUUGCUGGACGAUGGUCAGGCUGCAAAAACCGUGUUGGCAGACCCGCCCAGCGCCCCAGCAGGCUUGUCGCCCUCCUCCGGUGGCUUCCUCACUGACUUUGCUCUGGAUGACAUUCUAUUCACGGACAUCGACACCUCCAUGUAUGACUUUAACGCCCCCUGCGGCGCCUCUUCAAUACCGCCGAACUUGGGGGUGUCCAAAACGACCCCCAUGGUCACUGCAGACGACCUGGUCAAGACUCUGUCCAGUUACAGCGGGGGAGGGGUGGGCUCUCCCCCUCUGGCUCAAAACCAGCCCUUCAAAAUGGACCUGGCUGAGCUCGACCACAUUAUGGAAGUCCUGGUGGGGUCUUGACUGACAUCGGGGUCGUGUUCAAUAGGCACAAAGCAGAGGAAAACUGAGUGAAAGAGCAAGUUGCUUGUCCAAUAAGAAAUGCUCAUUUACAUUUUCUUUUGAAGCGUUUUGCUACAGUAUGCCCUAAUGAACACGACAAACCGGAUAAAAAGUGCCGUAGGAGGCGAAAUGUUAAACCUUUUUCAUUUUUUUGUUGUCCGGAAAUUGUAAGAAAUGUAAGACUUCACCAGAGACGUUUUAACUACACUGUGCAUGCGUUGUGCUCGCCUUUCCAAAAUGGAAACCAUGUUGAAUAUACUGUAUGGAAUGCAUUUAUUUGAGUGCCUUUGUCUGUACUACUCUGUUCCUUGAUUUUAUAUAGCUUUUUUGUUUAUCAACACAGCCAUACAUUUUCUCUCUUCUCCAAAUACAGAGAGUGAAUUUAUAUACAGCUUUUGCAUACAGCACCAUAGGUAUACACUGAUGUGUCCCAAUUGAGGGUACUUUAACAAUAUUUUGUAUAUGGACAGCUUAUCAAUGUUAUAGAACUUUUCAUAGGCCUCAUUCAAGUUUUUUUUUCUUCUCUAUUUUAAUGUAUUAUUCAUAAUUUGUUAGUUGAAUUUAUCAUCUGUGAGCCUUCAACUCUCUAUUUGUAGAUGGACUACGUCUCCUUUUCACGUAUGGCAUGUUUUGAAUUUACUCUCAACUGAUCUGACUCAAAAGGAUAUCAAGUGAAAUAUAAGGGUAACCUUGUAUGGUCUUUAAGUUCACAGUUCAAACACAAUUGCAGACAAAAUAAUUUGUACUAAGUGGUUAUGAAGUUAUUUAUUAUCAUCAAUUUCUGGUGUACAGAUAUUUAUUCAAACAUGACACUAACAUUUGGGUUGUACAGAACAUGCAGUGAAAUUAUGCUAGUAAUGUGUGAAGAAAUGCUGUGUAAUAUAUUUGACCCUUUUGUUUUUCAGGGAAGUGAAUGCUGUAAGUCAGUGUGUGUGUGUGUGUGUGUGUGUGUAUUGGGCUACGUCUCCGGUAUUUGUGGCAAUCGAUCAGUCGGGAAACAGUCAACUACUUUGUCAGUGGUGACUAUAGUAAUCCAAAGCCUUUUAAAACAAAGCAUUUCUCUUGUCAGUCAGUGGCAAAUCCAUUUUUGCUGCUUACCUCUUCUAUUCUUUGCAUUAUUAUUAUUUAAAAAAAUUGAAGCAAAUGUGGUCAGCAAAUUUCCAGUCAUCUCGCCAAUUUUUAAAUUUUUUAAAGUUGACCUGUUUUCAAGAACGGCUGUAUUUUAUCACUGACCUUGAAUCUGUGCCUUGUUCUAUGCAAUAUGUAUUAAUUGGUUGGAAAUAUCUGACUUUUUAUGUAUAAAUGUGCAUACGACUUUAAUGCAGUUUUACUUUUGUAGAUUAAUUUUAUACAAUAAAUUUAAAUGAAAUGUCAACAGUU